AUGACGGAUGUAGAUGAGUUGCAGACCGCAGACGACUUUUAUUACAUCCUUGGCGUGUCCCCCAGGGCCACGACUAAGCAGAUCAAGGAUGCAUACCGCGGGCUCAUGAAGGAGUGCCACCCCGACAUGAGCGGCGACGAGGAGAGCGCCGAGUUUGCGACGCUGCUCAAUGAGGUGCGCGGUGUGAACCUGCACCACCUGAUCUGA